AUGUUCCACUCGUUUUUAAUCUAUUCUCUACUGGUUACUAUUGUAUUUUGUCAGUUUGCGCCCACUAAUGAGACUAUUGUUCAUCAUGAUGGUCGUCUCUGGGACGUCGUUAUCGAAACAUGCGACAAAGAUGGAGCAGGAACAGAUGCUGCUGCAUAUCUGAAAAUAUUCUAUGAAUCUGGUCAUGAUUCUGAAACUUUCCAUCUUGACAAUCCAGGAAGAAAUGAUUUUGAACAAGGUUCCCGAGAUCAUUUCAAAAUAUUCUUUAAGCAAUCUGACAUCGUUAAUAUGGGCCUAUUCUGGUGGCCUGGAUUCAGUUUGAGUCAGUCUUGGUGUGUCAAUUGGGUUCUUCUCCUGAACUCUGAUACUGAAGCUUGCUUCGAGGGAAUUUUUGAGAAAUGGAUUCUGCAUUAUAGAGAUCCGCCAACAUAUGCGACAAGAUUUCAUCGUCUCCGAUAUGCUGAUUGCGUUCGCCCAGGACCGUCAACUGCAGAAAGAAGAACUUAUUUACGGUAUGACGAUAUUGUGAGAAAUAGUGGAGGAACUGCUAAUGAUAAGAAUGAUGAUGACGAUUGA